AUGGCAAGCAACUGCACACGGGACAGAAAAGAAGAAGAAGAAGAAGAAGAUGGGGAGACGAGUUCUUCUAAUCGACUGCGAAAAAACGAGUUUGUUUGCUUAUUGAUGCACCCGGGUUGCACUGGGGACUUUCAUUCUGCUUCCGCGGGCCCGAAAAACUUUCGAGCACAGCUUGAGGCAUGGCAGCAGCAGCAGCACAGAAAGGCUGUUCGUUUGAAUUACGCCUUCUGCAACGCUGUGACGGCCGUGUGGACCUGGUGGUUCGCCCACUCGAAACUGCUGGAACUCGGCGACACGGUGUUCAUCGUGCUGCGGAAGCGCCACCUCAUGUUCCUGCACUGGUACCACCACAUCACCGUCUUGGUCUACACCUGGUUCUCCAUGUCCAACUUUUCCAGCCACGGCCGAUGGUUCGUCACCUGCAACCUGGCCAUCCACGCCGUCAUGUACUCGUACUACGCAGUUCGUGCCCUCGGGAUCCGCAUUCCCAGGUCUAUUUCGAUGGCCGUCACUUCCUCGCAACUCCUGCAAAUGAUCCUGGGCAUCUUCAUCAGCGUCAGUGCGUACGGGUUCAAGCGUCGCGGGGUUCCGUGCUCGGCAACCACUGCCAACUUGUUCGCGUCCUCGCUCAUGUACAUGAGCUACUUCCUGCUCUUCCUCAAGUUCUUCUUCGACGCGUAUUUGGCAAAGUCCCUGGCGAGAGCGAAAAAGACCGACGGAGACCAGCUCGUCAAGGCGGCGAUGACCAAGUUCGUGGAGAAGGAGACUGCGGAUGUGGCAGCCAGGCUCAGGAGGAUCCGCCACGCCGCGACGUAUUAA